CAAUAUUUCUGUUAAUUUCCAGAUCAGCAUGUCUGGAGUAGGAAUUGAGAAUGUGCCCCCAGUCCAUUUUGAAUCGAGCGAUUUCAAGAAAUCCACGAAUUCGGGAAAAAAUGCGGGAACUUUAGGGUCAGCUGGCAGGAAAUCUCUGCAAACACUUCAGCCAUCGGGAAAAAAUCGCACACUUCUUGUUGGAGCUGAUGGGAAACUUCGUCUCGGUUCUUCUGGCGGGAAGAAGAAUGAAAUGCAGAUCUAUAGAGAUCCGUCCCCAAAGACCUCAACGCCCGAGAGGAAGGAUAAGUUUGUUCAAGCAUCCACAGCGGUCAACUCAACUUAUACACAGGUGGAGGAGAAAGAUACUGCCCAGAGUAGAGCUGAGCUAGAAAUGUACGGAACAGAAGAUGAAUUAUCAGCAGACUACUGGAGAGAUCUAGCGGAGAAAAGGAGGGAGGCCCUGGAGACUAGUUUAACUGAAAAUGAGGAACUCCAUACGUCCUUAUCCUUCCUAGAGGAAGAAAAUCAGAAACUUAAAGAUGAAACAGAAGCCCUCAGGAGUUUGGCAGAAAGAGGCCAAGAGUUAGCUAUGAUUCUUAACAGUGCUCUUGGAGACACAGAGGACGGAGAUAGCACACAAGAAGAUGUUUAUACCACACAAGAAGAUGCAGAUACCACACAAGAAGAUGGAGUUACCACACAAGAAGAUGUGGAAGAAAAGUCGAAGUAGUUUUUUCUAUGAAUGUUAGUAAAUUCGAAAAUUCUUGAGCUAUCAAAUUCAAUCAGUAAUAUAAUUCUUAGACAGCUUCAUUAAUGUUUUAUGUUCAUGUUCAUGCAGAUUGGAAGUUUCAAUUCUUAUUUCAAUUUAUUUUAUUUUCAUGUUUUCCAUUCUUCUAAUGUUAAUUUUUCUACUCCCGAGUUCUCCCCUUAUUUAUUUACUAUUUUUCCUGCAUACAACAUUAGCGCAUUUUUUAUAUUUGUAUUUUUGAUUCGACGAAGAAAGCAAACUUUCCAGAUUCCUGGGACCCUGAUCUCAAUAUAAUACAACUUAUUUUAAUAAAUUGUCCAAUGUGAUUAGAUUCCUGGGACCCUGAUCUCACUAUAAUACAACUUAUUUUAAUAAAUUGUCCAAUGUGAUUGAUUCCUGGGACCCUGAUCUCACUAUAAUACAACUUAUUUUAAUAAAUUGUCCAAUGUGAUUGAUUCCUGGGACCCUGAUCUCAAUAUAAUUCAACUUAUUUUAAUAAAUUGACCCAUGUGAUAAAAA